GAAGGCGUGUUCUUAUAGUACUUGCAGUAUCUGAAACUUCGUCUAUUUCAUCUUACACAAAGACCAUGCGAUUAAUUUUAUUCUGUACGACGUGCAAUAUAGCCUUGAACAACGAACGCUUCGAUCCUAGGAUUAUGCAAGUUGCCGUUGGAAAUUUCUUUUCAUUAGUGAACAACAGCUUGUAUCCCAAAAACUUCACUUUUCGUGAUUGACUGUGCCUGUCAUACCUUGGAUCUGCAUGGUGUAACACACAGCAUAUUACUCGAAACCUGGGUCUGUAUUCGACCCUCGAGGCAAGCACACAUAGGGACUGAAAUAUCGUUAGAGCUAUAUUGUCGGAAGCUCCUCAUUUUUGAUAACCAAGCAGACUCCUCCCGUCUCGCUAAUCAAACAUCUACAUUUUAUUUUUGUUGGCACCAAUAUAUCCGCUAAAGAGCUUCAAUAGCUCCAUCGCCCAUUUGACUCAAUCAUGAACCGAUUCGAUGUCUCUCAAGCACCUCCUGAAUACCGCGAAGUGGAAUGGAUCUCCAACAUCUUCGUUGCAGGAAUGGGCAUAGGCUGGAUCAUCAAUUACGUCGGCAUGGUCUAUCAAUCUUUCCACGACAGAACAUACUCAAUGGCAAUUUUCCCUCUCUGUUGUAACAUCGCCUGGGAGAUAGUAUACGGCUUAAUCUACCCUUCUAACGAUCUCAUUGAGAAAGGUGCAUGCGUCACAGGCCUGGCCAUCAAUUUCGCCAUAAUAUAUGCCGCGGUGCGGUUCGCACCUAACGAAUGGACUCACUCCCCCUUGCUGAUGCGCAAUAUGCCCUUGAUCUUCUUCGUCGGGAUUCUAGUAUGCAUUACUGGCCAUCUUGCGUUGGCUGCUGAGAUCGGGUAUCCACUUGCCAUCUCAUGGGGUGCAGCAUUAUGCCAAAUGAUGCUGAGCAUCGGGGGCCUUUGUCAGUUACUCUGUCGGAAUAGUUCGCGCGGCGCAUCGUAUACUCUUUGGCUCUCUCGCUUCAUAGGUUCAGCAUGCGUUGUUGUUUUCGGUUGGCUUCGAUACUUUUACUGGUACGAGGCGUUCUCUUGGCUUAAUAGCCCACUGGUAUGGUGGUGUUUGGCGGUUUUCUUUGCCGUUGACGGUUCUUAUGGAGUAUGUUUGUACUAUAUUAAGCGCGAGGAGUCGGUGCAGAAGAUGAAGCAGAAACACAUCUAGUGUUAUGUACCUUGCGGGAUCUUAUGUCCAUAUUUGGAGCAGUUUAUUGCAAUGUCUUACAUUUAUAAUCUCAUUGUCAUAACGUUGGACUCCAACCAUAUACGUCCUCACCAUUCAUGCUUUCCCACCUUCGGUAAGCUCAUCUAGCAGCGUUUAUCCACAUAGAUUAGGAAUUUCCACAUCAAGCAAGAACUUUGAGAAAUGCCUGCACAGGUCUUAUGAUUCUGCAAGGUAUACUUAGUUUCUGACAGGAGUUUGUACUAUC